ACAGCACCACCUCCGACCCCGAAAUCAAAAAAAGGUUUUGCCGGCAUAGUCGGUGGGCUUCUUGCAAAGAAAGGGAAACGUGCCCAGUCUUCGACGAGUUCAAGUGGUACAACAGUAAGCUCGCACAACGAACUUGCUAUGUACCAGGGUGUGCCAUGCGAUUACGAUGACGACGAUGUCGAUUUUGACGUGCUCGGAUGGUGGAAGCGGAACGAACACAUGUUCCCAUGUCUCGGCAUGCUAGCAAGACAAGUGUUGUCCGUCCCAGUAUCAACCGUAGCAGUUGAACGAGAAUUCAGUGCUGGCGGCAACAUUCUAACCGACUACCGAAGUUGUCUUAACGCUGAAUCUCUUGAAACACUGGUUUGCAACCAAGAUUGGCUAUUGACAAGACGCUGGGCUCAAAAGUCAUCGUACCAACUCGAAUCGGAGCAUUACAUGAAUGCAACCACAGAUGGAAGUCCGAGUUCUGAAGAAUAAGUUAUAAUUUUUUUUAUGUUAAUGUAAAUAUGUAAUUAAUUUUUUUAGGUGGACGAUAUAUAAGCUCCUUCGAGGGUUUCUUUACGGUUCUUUACCUCGUUGCUUUUUUUUGAACCGUCAGGAUAUUAAAUGUGGUUGUUCUUG